AUGUUUUCCGCCACUUCUGGAGCCUUUCGGGCUGGUGCCCGACGAGUCGCUCCCCGCGUCGCUCGCUCUAAUGUCAAGACUGCCGCUCCGACUGUGCUCCGAUCCAUCAACGCCAACCGAGCUCUCUCUACCACCAAGGCCCUCACAUCUUUGCCUGGCCGCGAUAGGACCCGGGAGAUUGUUGCGCAGACCAUCAACAGUAUUGGCAGCAGGCGGGAGGGUGAGCAGUACCUGAAGCUCUUCACCUCGGUCGAGUCCCAGAAGUUUGCCGUUAUCAAGGUUGGCGGUGCCAUUCUUACCGAUUACUUGGACGAGCUUUGCCGAAGUCUCGCGUUUUUGUCAGAGAUGAAUCUCUACCCAAUUAUUGUUCAUGGAGGCGGCCCGCAAAUGAAUUCUUAUCUCGAACGGGCUGGGGUUGAGCCCCAGUUUGAAGAAGGUAUCCGAGUUACUGACGCCAAGACCUUGGGUAUCGCUCGCAAGCUUUUCCUUGAAGAGAACUUGAAGCUUAUUAACCGACUGGAUGAGCUCGGUGUUGCAACUCGAUCGAUCAGCGGUGCUUUUAUAGCCGAUUAUCUUAAUAAGGAGAAGUGGCAGUAUGUUGGUAAGAUCACCAAGGUCAAUAAAGAUGCUAUUGAGAAGUCUAUCGAGGCUGGCUAUAUCCCUGUCCUUACCUCAAUGGCUGAAUCUGAAGACGGCCAUCUCCUCAACGUUAACGCUGAUGUCGCUGCUGCCGAGCUUGCCCGUGCCCUUGAGCCCCUGAAGGUUGUUUAUCUGUCAGAAAAGGGUGGACUAUACGAUGGCGAUGGCGAGAAGAUUUCCUCUAUCAACUUAGAUGCCGAGUUCGACCAUUUAAUGUCUCAGCCCUGGUGCAGGUACGGGACGCGACUGAAAAUUCUACUUGACACACUCCCCCGCAGCUCAUCCGUUGCUAUUAUCCACCCCAGCGAUUUGCAAAAGGAAUUAUUCACCGACUCUGGUGCCGGUACCCUCAUUCGUAGAGGGGACAAGAUCCAGCGGGUUUCCUCUGUCAAUGAGAUUGGAGAUAUUUCCAAGUUCAAGGAGACUCUGGCCCGCGACCGCCAGGGCCUUGAUGCUGAGGCCACUGUCGAACGCUUUGUCGAUCAUCUUAAGGAGAAGAACUUCAAUGCCUACUACGACGAUGGGAUGCAGUGUCUGGCUGUCGUCCUGCCAGCCAAUGAGGAGCGGCCUAUCGCUACACUGGCUACCUUGAAUAUCACCAAGGCUGGAUGGCUCAGCAACGUCGCUGAGAACGUCUUUGCUGCCGUCAAGAAAGACCACCCUAGCUUGGUCUGGACUGUCAGCGAGGAGGAUGAGAACCUAACGUGGUUCUUCGAGAAGGCUGAUGGAACCUUCAACAAGAACGGCAAUGUUCUUUUCUACUAUGGAUGCGACCUCCGAUCUGAAGCUCUGGUCCCUAUUUACGAGGAGUUCAAGGCACACGGCCGUGCUAUGUUCGGCGACAACCUGGAAUCUCGACUUCGAGAUGCUGCCAAGACCACCAGCGAGACCUUAAAUGCCUCUCAGAGCCGAACUUGA